CUUUGCUCUGUCUUUGCUGUCUUCUAUUUCUUCCUCAUGUCUCACUGCUCACUCAUUGACUCAUCGCAGAGAAAAACUCUCCAAUUUUCCCACACUUUCUUAAUAACAAAAACCUGAAGGAGAUGGAGACCCCUUCAGACAAACGAUUCUCGCCGACCAAACAGAGGCCGAAUCGGAGGAAAGCUGACCUUGCCGCGGUGCUCAGAAAAUCCUGGUACCGUUUGAGGCUGUCGGUCAGACACCCCGAUAGGGUUCCCACCUGGGAUGCCAUCGUGCUUACGGCCGCCAGUCCUCAGCAAGCCCAACUCUACGAUUGGCAGCUCAGCCGCGCCAAGCGCAUUGGCCGUAUUUCCGCUUCCACCAUCACUCUCGCCGUGCCAGACCCGAAUGGCCAGCGGAUCGGCUCUGGAGCGGCCACUCUCCACGCCAUUCAUGCGCUUGCUGCGCAUUACCACAAACUCGGCCUCCAUCUUGACCCGGAGGAUGCUUAUGAUCAGCAGGUGGCAACCGCAGACAGUAACAGUACAAACAACGCCGCUUCUCAUAUGCCAAUGGUUAGCUUCUUGGCCAAAAGGCAUAUACUAUUGCUUCAUGCUGGAGGUGACUCUAAAAGGGUACCAUGGGCAAAUCCUAUGGGAAAAGUUUUCCUGCCGCUUCCAUAUAUGGGAGCAGAUGACCCUGAUGGGCCAGUUCCGCUGCUUUUUGAGCAUGUACUUGCCAUUGCUUCGUGUGCAAGACAAGCCUUUAAAAAUGAAGGUGGAUUAUUUAUUAUGACGGGAGAUGUUCUCCCUUGUUUUGAUGCCUCCACCAUGAUACUUCCAGAGGACGCAUCCUGCAUCAUAACUGUUCCAAUCACUCUAGAUAUUGCUUCUAACCAUGGUGUUAUUGUGGCAUCUCAAGGUGAAAUCAUGGCUAAAAGUUAUUCAGUCAGUUUAGUUGAUAAUCUCUUACAAAAACCCAGCAUAGAGGAGCUUGUCAAGAACAACGCUAUCCUAGAUGAUGGUAGAACACUACUUGACACUGGCAUAAUAGCUGCUAGAGGUCAAGCGUGGGUGGAGCUUGUUAAGCUUUCAUGUUCCUGUGAACCACUGAUUUUGGAGCUUCUUAAGAGCAGAAAAGAGAUGAGUUUAUAUGAAGAUUUGGUGGCAGCAUGGGUACCUGCAAAACAUGAGUGGUUGCAACAGCGCCCUUUGGGUCAAGAACUGGUCAGCGGAUUGGGAAAGACUAAGAUGUUUAGCUAUUUUGCUUUUGAUUUGUUGUUCUUACAUUUUGGAACCUCAAGUGAAGUUUUGGAUCACCUAAGUGGGGCUAGUUCCAGACUUGUUGACCGAAGACACUUGUGUUCUAUUCCAGCAACAACUGUAUCUGACAUAGCAGCAUCUGCAGUUGUUCUUUCAAGCAAAAUUGCACCUGGGGUGUCAGUUGGGGAAGAUUCUCUUAUAUAUGAUUCAUCCAUUUUUAGUGGUGUACAAAUUGGUUCCCAAUGUAUAGUUGUCGGUAUCAAUGUCCCAGGAGACAAUGGGAAGACAGCGGAAGAUUCAUUUAGGUUCAUGCUUCCUGAUCGCCAUUGCCUUUGGGAAGUUCCCCUAGUAGGAUGCAUUGAAAGAGUUAUCGUGUAUUGUGGUCUCCAUGAUAACCCAAAAAACUCACUUUCUAGUGAUGGGACUUUUUGUGGGAGACCAUGGAAGAAGGUUUUGCAUGAUCUAGGAAUUCAGGAAACUGACCUGUGGAGCUCAACAGUUAUGCAGGACAAAUGCUUAUGGAAUGCAAACAUAUUUGCCAUUCUUCCUUACUUUGAAAUGCUUACAUUGGCAUUAUGGUUGAUGGGCUUGAGUGACCAAAAAACCAACUACCUGCUUCCCUUAUGGAAAAAUGCACGUCGUGUCAGUUUGGAGGAGUUGCAUCGAUCAAUUGACUUUACAAAAUUGUGUAUAGGCUCUAGUAAUCAUCAAGCCGAUCUUGCAGCUGGAAUUGCUAAAGCAUGCAUUAAUUAUGGCAUGCUUGGACGUAACUUAUCUCAAUUGUGUGAAGAGAUUCUUCAAAAUGAUGUUUCAGGGGUUGACAUGUGCAAGGACUUUCUGGAUCUGUGUCCCAAACUUCAGGAGCAGAAUUCUAAGAUUCUUCCUAAGAGUCGGGCAUACCAGGUGCAUGUUGAUCUGCUCCGAGCAUGCAAUGACGAAGCCAAAGCAUGUGAGUUGGAGCAUAAGGUAUGGGCUGCAGUUGCAGAUGAAACGGCUUCAGCAGUAAAAUAUGGUUUUAAAGAAUAUCUCUUGGAGUCCCCUAGCAAGAUGUCUGCUUCAACUUAUCAGAACAAGUUUGAUGGCUGUGUUGAUCGAUUCUUCCACCCUAGAAGUGUAAAAGUUGAAUUACCUGUUCGUGUAGAUUUUGUUGGGGGUUGGAGUGAUACCCCUCCAUGGAGCUUAGAACGUGCUGGUUGUGUUCUGAAUAUGGCAAUAAAUCUGGAAGGUUCUCUUCCUAUUGGCACUAUCAUAGAGACAACAAAAACAGCUGGAGUAUUGAUUAGUGAUGAUGCUGGAAACCAGUUACAUAUUGAAGAUGUUACCUCUAUUGCAACUCCAUUUGACAGCAAUGAUCCAUUUCGGCUCGUCAAAUCUGCAUUGCUUGUGACUGGAAUUGUUCAUGAUAACAGCCUUGAGUCUAUUGGUUUGCUAAUCAGGACAUGGGCCAAUGUCCCUCGUGGAAGUGGCUUGGGUACUUCUAGCAUCUUAGCUGCCGCUGUUGUGAAAGGGCUUCUCCAGAUAACUAAAGGAGAUGAAAAUAAUGAAAAUGUUGCCAGACUUGUUUUGGUAUUAGAGCAGCUAAUGGGAACAGGAGGUGGCUGGCAAGAUCAAAUUGGAGGUCUAUACCCUGGAAUAAAAUUUACAGCAAGUUUUCCUGGAAUUCCAUUGCGGCUUCAAGUCAUCCCCCUCCAAGCUUCUCCUCAGUUGAUUCUAGAGUUGCAGCAACGCUUGCUUGUGAUAUUUACUGGCCAAGUUCGACUUGCACACCAAGUUUUGCACAAGGUGGUAACUAGAUAUCUUCAACGAGAUAACCUUCUUGUAUCCAGUAUCAAGCGUCUUGCGGAACUGGCAAAGAUUGGGAGGGAAGCGUUAAUGAACUGUGAAAUUAAUGAGAUGGGUGAAAUAAUGUUGGAGGCUUGGAGGUUGCAUCAGGAACUUGAUCCUCACUGCAGCAACGAGUUUGUCGACAGGCUCUUUUCAUUUGCUGACCCGUAUUGUAGUGGCUACAAGCUUGUGGGUGCUGGUGGUGGAGGUUUUGCAUUGUUACUUGCCAAGGAUGCUGACUGUGCCAAGGAACUGAGGCAAUCGUUAGAGGCAGAUUCGAGUUUUGAUGUGAAAAUCUAUGAUUGGAAGGUAUUUUUACAAUAUUAAUUGUGAAAAGGUUAUGAAAAGGUAGCAUAUUAUAUUUUUUAUACAGAAAAUUUCCUUUCUUUAUUUGAGAUUAAGAUGGUGGUUCUUAUUUUUUAUGUUGUGGUGUCAUUCGUGUAAAUUCUGUAUAAUUGAAGACCGGAAGAAAGCUACGGAAUGAAAGUUCAAGCUCAAUAAAUUUCAGCGGUAUAGCUGCUGAUGCAUUGUCUCAAA